GAAGUAUUUUGACGAGGAUAUCCCUAUAUUAGCCGAUGUAGGUUAAGAACAGCAACUCGAAGCUUCUGAUGAAUCACGUAUCAUGUCUUUAAAAUCUAUUUUAACACACUAUUUAAAUCUGGAGAACAGUUUAUUGACUGGAGUCCAACAUACCCAUGAUGAAUCAUUGAAAGUGGUAGAGGAAAUCAACCCUGCAGUGGAUGCCAGCAUUUUUACUCGCUCAGUCGGAAACCGCGUGGAUGUGCAGGAUCGUGCUGCUAAUGUCACUUUCCAAUUCAUCCCUUGGAAUGGCGGUGCUAAUGCAGCAGAAACUAUUAUUGACAGAGACACUAAUUUAGUCACCAAUGAUACAGCUUCUAUUUUCUUGACCAACAAAUUAUUAAAAGAUCAUAGACAUAUGGAAGCGCUGGACAGUAAUCUUUCUAAAAAGGCUACUCAAUUACAAAAGUUUGAAAGCAAUUUAGACUCGAUACAAGACAAGUAUUCUUCUGAAUACGAUACUUAUUAUGAAAAGUUAUUGGAUCUAAAGAGAAAUAUUACACUACUGACAACGCAAAGAGUAAGAGUGCAAAGUGAAGUUGAGUUGAUUGUGCAAAGUAUAGGAGAUGAGGGGCUCAACGCUGCACCGCAUGACUUUACAAUAACUUCCUUUACAAUUCCAACUAAUUGUGACUAUUGUAAAUCUACCUUAUGGGGCCUUUCUAAAGGACUGACAUGCAAAGCUUGCGGUUUUAAUUGCCAUACAAAAUGUGAAAUGAAAGUUGUUCCCAACUGUAGUAAAAAGAGAGGUCAAAUCAACCCUCAACCUCCUCAAUCAUUAGCACUCGCAGCAGGCAGUGGAAAUAGAAGUCGAGCAUCGAGUACAAGUGGUUCUAUACGCUCCCCCGUGCCCGCUAUCUCUUCAAAUAUAAACAUUGCAGUUGACAGCAGCAACGACCACUUACAUCCUUCAUCGCCUUUAACCGCGACAGCAAACAUAGUGACAGAGCCUGCCGUCAGUUCGAGUGAUGCUACGGCAAUAACUACUACACCAACCGAAAUACAGUCUAUCUACGACUAUCUGGCACAAAAUGCCGAUGAAUUAAACUUGACAGCUGGUGAUAUACUAACUGUAGUCGAACCUGAUGAUGGAUCGGGAUGGAUUAAGGCACAGCGAGGUGCUGAAGUUGGCCUUGUGCCUGCCAACUAUAUCGAAUAUAUAACAAACCAGUUACAACAAAAUGAUAAUGAUGGCUUGACUUAUUUGACGGAUUCAUUGCAAGAAGGAGCCGCAGUAGGAACGGAUAUGACCGAGCAUCAAUUACAAGAGACAGUAGUGGCAUUGUAUGAUUUUGAAGCAGUGAAUGCUGAAGAAUUAGAUCUACACGAAGGAGAUGUUAUUAUUGUCACAAAAAAAGAUGAUAGUGGCUGGUGGGAAGUAAAAAAAUUGCAUAAAGGAUAUUUAAUAUUCCGGCAUUUUGACUAUAGUCGAUAUCUAAGAGUUUUACUUUUGAUUCUCGACUUAUCUGACCAUAUAACGUGUUAUAAAAUGACAAAUUACUUGGCCAGCAUAGUAAAGUAUAUCGCGGGAGAUAUUCUUCUAAAUACGACUUUCAUUCAGCUUGCUUUGAAGCACAAAUGCCAAUUUCACCUUUCAAGCUUUGAUCGAAAAAGUGUCGUUUUGAUUGGUUGAAAGCCGGCGUUUCAGCAGCAAAUAGAAAUCAGCGACUGCAAUUUUUUUUUUUUUUCACAGUCUCUUCUCAAACUGUCAAUUGAGAUUAUCUGUUGAGCUAGAAAGAGGGCUUAUAUAUUUAUAUACAACAG